AAUGACUGCAGUGACAGCAGGGGGGACUGACCAUUUGGAAACUUGGGCACUGCCUGAGGGCCCAAGGUCAGUAGGGGGCCCCAUGAGAUGCCCCUGGUACCUUUUUCAUAGGUUUUUUUUGAGUCUGGGCAAGGACACAGGGGCCCCAUGAUCCCCUAUUGCCCGGGGGCCCCAUGAAUUGUCAGUCCACCCCUGGGUGACAGAUACACUAAUUAGGGCUGCAUGGAUGACUGCGAGUGCCCCUUUCCACAAUAUACGCCCAUCAGAGUGCCCCCUUAACAUAAAAUGCCCAUCAGUUGC